AUGAAGUCCGCCUUCGCCUGUCGUGCCGCUUUUGCCCUCGCCGCCGCCACCACCGGGAGUGGCCGUGGUGCUGCCGUCUUCGCGGUGCGCAGCAGCAGCAGCCUCGUGUCGCUUCGCACGCCCGCCUCCGGAGGCUGCAGCAACUCGCGCGCGUUCGCGGACGCUGCCGCGGGGGGCGGCGGCGGGGGCAUGAUGGGCCAGAUCAAGGAGCUGCGUGCACGGACCGGGGCCGGCGUCAUGGACUGCAAGGAGGCCCUGGCCGCCUCCGCGGGCGACCCCGCCAAGGCCGAGCUGUGGCUCCUCGACAAGGCACGCUCCCGCUUCGCCAAGAAGGCCGAACGGCCCACCACCGAGGGCACCCUCGCCCUCGCCCUCGCCUCCUCCGAGGCCCUCCUCCUCGAGCUGAACAGCGAGACGGACUUUGUGGGCCGCCUCGAGGGCUUCCAGAAGCUGGCCCUGGACGCCGCCGCUGCCGCCCUCGCUCGCGCCGGCCAGGUGGCGGCCGACGGACAGGGUCCGCACCAUCUCGACUCGGCCUGGCUCUCCGCCCUCCCUCUCGGCGACGGCACGCCGAAGACGGUGGGGGACGGGGUGGUGGGCCUGUUCAUGCAGGUCGGGGAGAACAUGAAGGCGCGGCGCGCCGUGCUCCUGCGCACGGCCGGGUCCGAGGGCGCCCUGGGCACCUUCAUCCAGGGGACGGGCCUGCCCCACACGGGCACCCUCGCCGCCCUCGUCGCCCUCCAGGCCCAGCCCUCGGCCAAGGAGGUGGGCAAGGAGCACGUGGUGCUGGAGCAGGAGGUGACCUACGGGGAGGAGACGGGGCGCGUGCGGGAGCUCCUGGAGCGGGAGGGGGCCAAGCUGGGCGCCCGGGUGAGCAUCGUCCACUUCGUGCGCUGGAAGGUGGGCGACGGCCUCGAGAAGCCCACCACCGACUUCGCCGCCGAGGUCGAGAAGGAGCUCCAGCGCUCCACCAAGCACUAG